CACCCUCUCCUCCAAAUAAUCACUUCAUUUCAGGACCCCGUCUCUUAAAAAAAUCCCGCCAAUCAGUUCACUCCCUCUCCGAUCAUUUUCCCUUCUCAUGAGACAACGCUCAUAAAGCGACGUCGUUUUCUGGACCAACAGAAGUUCCUCAAAACAUGACGUCGGGAACGAGAAUGCCGACGUGGAAGGAGAGGGAUAACAACAAGAGACGAGAGCGGAGAAGACGAGCCAUCGCCGCGAAGAUCUACUCCGGCUUGAGAAUGUACGGUAACUACAAGCUGCCUAAACACUGCGACAACAACGAAGUCUUGAAAGCUCUCUGCAAUGAAGCCGGUUGGACCGUCGAAGAAGACGGCACCACUUACAGAAAGGGCUGCAAACCUGUAGAACGCAUGGACAUUGUAGGAGGGUCUGCAUCAGCUAGUCCAUGCUCAUCAUACCAUCCAAGUCCAUGUGCAUCCUACAAUCCAAGUCCUGCCUCAUCUUCCUUCCCCAGUCCGCGUGCAUCUCAUUAUGCUGCCAAUGCAAAUGGUGUUGCUGAUGCCAAUUCCCUCAUACCAUGGCUCAAAAACCUCUCUUCCAGCUCAUCAUCAACUUCAUCUAAACACCUGCACCAUCUCUAUAUUCAUGGGGGUUCCAUAAGUGCUCCAGUGACCCCUCCAUUGAGCUCGCCUACUGCCCGAACUCCUCGAACAAAAAAUGACUGGGAUGACCCUGCUGCUGGCUCAUCCUUGGCUGGGCAGCAUUAUUCUUACAUGCCAUCAUCAACCCCACCAAGUCCUGGCCGUCAAGUCCUGCCUGAUUCGGGAUGGCUUGCAGGAAUUCAAAUUCCCCAAAGUGGUCCAUCAUCUCCAACAUUCAGCCUUGUCGCUCCAAAUCCGUUUGGUUUUAGAGAUGAGGUUCUGUCAGGUGGACCGUCACGGAUGUGGACUCCUGGACAAAGUGGGACCUGCUCUCCUGCCGUUCCAGCUGGUGUUGAUCAAAUGGCAGAUGUUCCAAUGAUGGAUGGGAUUGCAGCUGAGUUUGCAUUUGGCUGUAAUGCAACUGGUUUAGUGAAGCCUUGGGAAGGAGAAAGGAUCCACGAGGAAUGUGUAUCUGAUGAUCUUGAACUUACACUGGGAAACUCUAGAACCAGGUAAAUCAAAAUCAUUUGUGGAUGUAUGAUUUAGCAUAUUAUAUAGUUCCUUCUGGCUUUGUUACCUAUAUGUUCACUCUGCUAUUGCAGAUAAAGAAUGUUUGUGUAAGAGGUAUGAGGGAAUUAUGUGAGUGUCUUGAUUUCGCUUCUUCAUUGCUUGUGCAAAAUUCAACUUCAAAUUAUCUAGCGUUUUCAGUUGGCAAGGCAGCUGAAUUAGAAGUACAGUGAGUAGGAGUACCUUUCUUCCUUGUUUUUUUUUACUUUCUAUUUUUCAUAACAAAAAGAAAAGGACAAAAAGUUAAAAUUAUAAAUAGCUCAUUGUGAUGACCUUGCCCUGUUGGUUCAA